CCCAGGCAGGAAGGAAGUACUGGGGGACUCAGGAUCUCUUCUUCGGGUAGAAAUGGUGCUGGAUAAGGUGCUGGACGAGGUCAGGGCAGACUUAUUAACUGGAUGAUUUAACUCAUUUAUUAUUUGUUUGGUAAUUUGGAAUGGUCUCUCAGGCAAAAAUUUGACAUUCUAUGAAGACUCAGAGAGAAGUUGAAGUAAAGAGAAAGUAAGGUUUCCAGCCUAACAUGGUGACAAAAAUGUACCAUGACCUUGGGGACAGCCAUCAGCCCCUGCGGUGAGUUUGUCUCCCAGUAAAUGCCUGUUAUUUUUAUGUCUUCCUUUAAAGGGAUGCCACAAAACAACUCCCUUCAGAACUCAGAUCUUGCUUUGGUUGACCCUCCUCAUUCUUAAAUGCAGACAAUUCAACCUGGACCUGGGGUACGGGGAGCAGAAACUGGAUUAGAGUGAAUGCUGAGUGAAGAAAAGUGGAUCGCUUAACUCAGGCUUCCAAAUCAAUCUCAGGAAAAUGAAAGCUACGCAGGUAAAUUCCAAAAAAAUCACCAGUUCCUCUUCUUCACAGAAAGUUGAACGAAUAAAACCAGCAAGAUCAGUUUCUCCUAUCUUAAUUUUCAGAAAUCAAGUAAGAGUGUAAAGGAGUACAUUCAACUGACUAGCUUCACUGCAACUAGCAAAUAAGAAACAACUAGCAAUUAAGUAAAAAUUACGGAUCUUUCCUUCUUGUUAUUAGCAAUCCAGUAUUUUCUCAACUCCUUUACUGAGUCUACAAAGAGUAAUUCUGAAUCCGUGAUUAAGACUUGCUCAACAGCACAGUCUGAGAUCAUUUUUAUGUAAGGGGGAUAACUGAUGAGAAAAGAAGACAAUUAUUUAAAUUCCAGGUGCCAGAAACAACACGUUUUCCACAAAGAACACUGAGCUUUCUUCUGCUUUGCCUGAUCCAGAGUGCACUACAAUUCCCUCCAUGACAAGACAUAGGCCAUUCCAGGUCACAGUGAGCAGUUCUCCUCCACAUUUAAUAACAGAAACAAGCUACCUGGAAGUCAUGGAAUCGCUUUUCCAGAGAGUUAGUCACAAGAAGUCUUUGUUGGCUGACUUACCUUUAUUGUAGCUGAGUCUGCGUGAAAUGGGUGUGACUCUCUCCAAAGCAGGGUAGUAGUUCCCAAUAUUUCUUCUGUGUAGUACGUGUGACAAAUGACAUUCACAAGCUCACACCCUCCCAUGGACAAGCUCACCCUCAGGCUCCAUUUGCCUCCCCCGCUGGAAUCAACCCUUUCUCCACCCAAGGGGGAUGUCAAAAAUGCAAAUCUGCUUUAACUUUGGAGAUGGACUCCAUUUAGAGGCCUUACACUCAAGAAAUGAAAAUAAGCUGCUUCCUAAACAUACUCACUCAGUGAGGCAAAAGCGCGCGUGGAUUACUGCCCCUGUGGCUCUUCGGGAAGGAGAGGAUCUGUCCAGGAAGAAUCCGAUUGCCAAGAUACAUUCUGAUCUUGCAGAAGAAAAAGACCUAAAAAUUACAUACAAAUACACUGGAAAAGGGAUCACAGAGCCACCUUUUGGUGUGUUUGUCUUUAAUAAAGACACCGGAUUACUGAACGUUACCACCAUUCUAGAUCGAGAAGAAACACCAUUUUUUCUGCUAAUGGGUUAUGCUUUGGAUGAGAAAGGAAACAACUUAGAGAAACCAAUAGAACUCCGAAUUAAAGUUCUUGACAUCAAUGACAAUGAGCCAGUGUUCACACAGGACGUCUUUGUUGGGUCUGUUGAAGAGCUGAGUGCAGCAAAUACCCUUGUGAUGAAAAUCACCGCAACAGAUGCAGAUGAGCCCAACACUCUGAAUUCUAAAAUUUCUUAUAGAAUCGUAUCUCAGGAGCCUGCUAAUUCUCCAUUGUUUUACCUAAAUAAAGAUACAGGAGAGAUUUAUACAACCACUAUUGCCUUGGACAGAGAGGAACACAGCAGUUAUACUUUGACGGUAGAAGCAAGAGAUGGCAAUGGACAAGUAACAGAUAAGCCAGUAAAACAAGCUCAAGUUCAGAUUCAUAUUUUGGACGUCAAUGACAAUAUACCUGUAGUCGAAAAUAAAGUGUAUGAAGGAAUAGUUGAAGAAAACAAAGCCAAUGUAGAAGUUUUACGCAUAAAAGUGUUCGAUGCAGAUGAAGUAGGCUCCGAUAAUUGGUUAGCCAAUUUUACUUUUGCAUCAGGAAAUGAAGGGGGUUAUUUCCACAUAGAAACUGAUACUCAAACUAAUGAAGGAAUCGUGACCCUUAUUAAGGAAGUAGAUUAUGAAGAAAUGAAGAAUCUUGACGUCAGCAUUAUUGUCACUAACAAAGCAGCUUUUCACAAAUCAGUUAAGAAUAAAUAUAAGCCUACACCCAUUCCGAUCAAAGUCAAAGUGAAAAAUGUGAAAGAAGGCAUUUAUCUUAAAAGCAGCAUAAUCCAAUUUCACACUAGCGAGAGUGUGGGAAAAUCAAGCCAAAGCCAAAUAAUGGGAAAAUUUCAAGCUUUUGAUGGCGACACUGGACAAGUAGCCCGUGUAAAAUAUGCCAAAUUUGAAGAUAUAGACAAUUGGAUCUCUGUGGAUUCUGCCACCUCUGAAAUCAGACUUGUAAAAAUUCCUGAUUAUGAAUCCAGAUAUGUCCAAAAUGGUACAUACACUGCAAAGAUUUUGGCUGUGACAGAAGAAUAUCCUAGAAAAACCAUCACUGGCACUAUUAGUAUCACGGUUGAAGACAUCAAUGACAAUUGUCCCACACUGGUCGACCCUGUGCAGACUGUCUGUGAUGAUGUGCAAUACGUGAACGUGACCGCAGAGGACCUGGACGGACCCCAAAACAGCUGGCCUUUCAGUUUCUCUGUCAUUGACAAACCAGCUGGAAUGGCAGAAAGGUGGAAAAUAGUAAGCCGAGAAAGUACCAGCAUGCUACUGCAACAAAAGGAACGAACGCUUGGGAGGAGUGACAUUCACUUGCUGAUUGCAGAUAGUAAAGGCUUCAGUUGCCCUGAAAAGCAAGUCCUUAAACUCACCGUCUGCAAGUGUGUGGAAGGCGGUGGCUGUGUAGAAAUGUGGAUUGACUCCUACGUUGGCCUCGGACCUGCAGCAAUCGCGCUUAUAAUGUUUGCCCUUCUGCUCUUGCUACUUGUACCACUUUUACUGCUGAAGUGCCGUUGUGGGAAGGGCGCCAAAGGCUUUACCCCCAUCCCUGGUACCAUAGAGAUGCUGCAUCCUUGGAACAACGAAGGGGCACCACCUGAAGACAAGGCAGUGCUGCCUCUUCUAGAGGCAGACCACAGAGACUGUGCAGCUGUAGGCGGCGGAGCAGGGGCUGUGACAACCAAGGGUGCUACCGUGAAAGGAAGCAGUUCCGCUUCCUUUAUCAAAGGGCAGCAUGAGAUGUCCGAGGUGGACGGCCGAUGGGAGGAAUACAGGAGCUUCGUCUCAGGGGGGGCCACCCAGGUUACAGGGACAGCAGGAGCCUUGAUGACCAUGGAAACCCUUAGGACCACGAGAGCCACGGUGGCUUCUAGAGAAGUGGCCGGAGCUCGAGCAGCUGCGGUGGCAGUGAAUGAGGAAUUCUUAAGAAGUUAUUUCACUGAAAAAGCUGCCUCUUAUGCCGAGGAAGAUGACAUUCACACAGCCAAAGAUUGCCUUCUGGUUUACUCUCAGGAAGAAACUGACUCUCUCCAGGGUUCCAUUGGCUGUUGCAGUUUUAUUGAAGGAGAGCUAGAUGACGGCUUCUUAGAUGACUUAGGAUUGAAAUUCAAGACACUCGCUGAAGUUUGCUGGGGUCAAAAAAUAGAGAUGGAUAUGGAAAUCGAGCAGAGGCCAAAACCUAUGAGAGAAACAGACUUGAAGGCAGCUUCACAUUCAUUCUAUGAGCAAACCAGGGUUAAUUCCGAGAAUACUUAUCCCUCCGGUAGCAGCUUUCAAGUUCCAAAACCUUUGCAUGAAGCAAACACAGAGAAAGUCACUCAGGAAAUAGUCACUGAAAAAUCUGUGUCUUCUAGGCAGGCUCAAAAGGUAGCUGCACCACUUUCAGAUCCAUUGGCUUCUGGUAACGUGAUAGUGACAGAAACUUCCUAUACCACGGGCUCCACAGUGCCACUGAGCACUGUGGUCCUGGACCCCAGACAGUCCGAAGGCCUGAUGGUGACAGAGCGGGUCUAUGCCCCGGCGUCCCUCUUGGGAGAGCAGCAGUACGCUAGCGAGGGUAGCAUCAUGGUUACCGAGAGAGUCAUCCAGCCUCACGGGGGCUCACCUGGCCCCCUGGAGGGCACCCUGCAUCUGCCCGAUUCACACUAUGUUAUGGUGCGGGAAAGAGAGCGCUUCCUCACCCCCAGCUCCCGUGUGCAGCCCCCUCUGGCCACGCACAGUGUAGCCGUAGGACAGAACAUGACAGUGAUGGAAAGAGUGCUAACACCAGCUUCCACUCUGCAAUCUAAUUACCAGAUUCCUUCCGAAACCUCUGUAAUGGCCAAAAAGACUGUGGUUUCUGGAGCUGGAGUCCCGGGCCCUCCGCCAGACUCAGGCUUCAAGGAGUCUAGUCAUUCUAAUUAUACAAUAACCACAUCUUCCACCAGGGUCUCCAAGCCUAGCACAGUCCAGCAGUUCUCCUAACCAGACACUGCCCCAGAGUUUAGCUAGCAGUGACUCAUUUCAUGUUUUCAAAGGACCUGGCUUUUCAUGAGCCUUACAGAUGUAAGAGGCACAUAUACCUUGCGCUUCAAAUUUUUCUCAGUCACUAAUAUGCAGAGAACCUCACUGUCUCAGCUUCUAGGAGUGCAAUUCAGAAAUGCCCCAGGACUUACUGAGGGGGCAUAAUGAUGAUGCUGUGACUUAGGUGCCUUUGAGUGACUUAUGGCCAAACAAUAUUCACAAUACUCACAAAGCAAGUUAAAUAGAGAAUAAAUCUGGCUUCUAAGAAUUUUAUCAAAUUAACAAAGUGUCCAGUUCAUGAGCCAUCCGACAGAGCCCCCCAUGAAACUGAGUGGGCCUCUUUGCCUACCAUGUUAACAUUUAACAUUGCUGUUCUAUAUUCCAUACGUUCCUGCACCUAGCAGAUUAUCAACAACUUAUUUAUCCAAAGAUACACGCACAGUUUGAGUGACCCGUUUUGCUUGUUUGAUUUCCUUAAAACUAGAGGCCCUUCAAUCCACGUAAGGUUAAUUGAAUUUUGGAACACUGACAUGGUAAGAACACACAUUGUGUGUUUCUGUGCACGUAACUCUGUGUGUGUGUGUGCGUGUGACUCUGUGUGUGUGCGUGUGUUGUAUGACCUCAAAAAUAGCAUUAUACCUUCCCUUUGUCACUCAGUAAUCAUGAAAAUAUUAAAUACUUCAAAUUCAGUAGAAUAAUUGAGGGCAAAAUUCAUAAAUAUAAAAUCACUUUAUUUUUAUAGGAAUAAUAUACUAUUAAAAAACUCAGGAUACAUUAUCUUCUAAUUUAGUACGUCUAAAUUAACUAUAUACAUGGUGGUAAGAAUCCUUUUCACUGCUAUAAAUCCUCAGUGCCUACCAUGGGUGCCAAAUCAAUAUUUGUAGAAUUAAACUGAAUUUUAGAAGCUACUCUCUUUUAUCUAUACUUGCAAAAAAUACUGAAAGACCCUAUAAUUUCUAUAAUUAUGAGUUUGAAAUUAUGAUUUAUUCCAUAUCUCAAAGUCCUUGACUAGCUGGUCAUGGCUUACUACAUGGAAUAUUAAAUAUUGUGUAGCUGACCUGAAUUUGUACAUCUUGCCUUUCUUUCUGAAAAGUGUUUUGGGUGUUUUGGCCAAAUAAAUAGAGUAUUUUUAUUGCUCCCUGAAGAAAUGAUCCAUUUCAGAUUUCAAAGUAUAAGUGCAUAUCAGUAAUCAAUUAUAUAAAUAUCCUCCACAACAAAAUAAUUUCCAUAAAUUUCAAAGGCUGUGAUUUCAUGAAUUUUUAAUAUAUUUACUAGGAAAAUUAAUCUCUAAAAAUUCAUUUUGUGGCACACUUUUAAAAAUGUGUUAUGCAAAAGGUUUAUACUUUUUUACUCCCACUGACGUGUAUGAAUAAAAGGCAAAUAUUUUUAGACACCAUAAGCCUGUGGCCAAAAUGAAGGUCACUGUUCCAUGCUAUAAAUUUUUUAUUCUCUACGUACUAAUUGUUUUUGCUUUUCUUUCAUUAUAGACUUAGUAGUUAUUUUUUGCCAAGUCUGCAACAAGAAUAUCACUACUGUGUGAAAAUGUGAAUGUGACCUAUGUACUCCAGACAAAACUUGGUCUUAAAUUUCCUCCUCAGACAGGCUUAAAAAACCUAACAUGUCUCCUAUAUAUAAAGUCACCACAUUUUCUAAAUGAUUUUCUUUGUUCCUGAAAGGGUGAUUGUAUUAGUUUUUACAUUUGUCCUACGGAAGAAACGUUGUAAUUGUAUGUGUAUCAUCAAAAUAUUUAAAUAAAAAGGCGACCUUCUCUGCA